AUGGACCAAGUCGAUAUGGAAGUGGCCCCAUCGCCCCAAUUUGAGCCCACCAUGGACGACGCAAAGAAGAAAAAGAAGUCGCGCAAAUCCAAGAACAAGGAUCGCUCCUCUCCCGCGCCUAUUUCAAAUGGUCUAGCAUCAUCUCCUGGUCGAAGCGAUGAUUCUUCGCAGGAGAAAAAGCGAAAGCGGGAUUCAGAAGUCGGCCACAAGAAACAGAAGAAGCACAAGCUUGAUUCGACACAAAAUGGGAUGCAAAACAGCGACUCCUCUGUCAAUUCCACAGUAGAUAGUCAGGCUCAGUCCAGCGAACCUGAUAUGCCAGUAAAGACCCAAAAGUCCGCGACAAACGGCCUCGAGACUCCCCCCUCAAGUUGUUGCGCCUGUGGCCAAUGGCACCGAAACCACCACAAGCACAGGGAAACCGAGGAAGCUCCGUGGGUCUAG